GCCACUCGAUGGGGAUUCACAGAGGACUGCCAGUGUGUGUCGCCUUCCCACCUCUCUGUGGCAGGAGAAGUGACCGCAGCGCCUCCUCAGCAAUGACGAUGACACUGGUAUUAACUGAGUGGCACUUAUGGAUUUUUAGCCCUCGCUCGCAGUGAGCCAGCGAGCCAUGUGCCGCUGUGAGGGAGAGCCCUGUGCCUGCAGAGUGGGGUGUGAGCGCGGCCUGCCUGCAGAGCGCACCUGAGCCCCGGGAGGCGUCUCCCUCUGCCCGCAGAGCUGCGUCUCGUCCAUGUAGGUGGAGCACACACUGACGCUUCAUCUGGUGGUGAUGAAAAUGGCCCCGCAGAAUGCCGACUCCGAGUCCAUGCAAGUCCAAGAGCUGCCCGUGCCCCUGCCAGACCUGCAGAAGCCCGGAGACCCCGAGGCUGAGAACCACGAGGAGACCCUCAGCGAGGGGUCCAUAGACAGGAUCCCCCUGCGCCUGUGGGUGAUGCAUGGGGCGGUGAUGUUUGGCAGGGAGUUCUGUUAUGCCAUGGAAACGGCGCUGGUCACGCCUGUCCUGUUGCAGAUUGGGCUCCCGGAGCAGUACUACAGUCUCACCUGGUUCCUGAGCCCCGUCCUCGGCCUGCUCUUCACGCCGCUCAUCGGCUCUGCCAGUGACCGAUGCACCCUGAGCUGGGGCCGCCGCCGGCCCUUCAUCCUGGCACUCUGCGUGGGCGUCCUCGUGGGCGUGGCGCUGUUCCUCAACGGCUCUGCCAUAGGUCUGGCCCUUGGUGAUGUCCCCACCCGGCAGCCCAUUGGCAUCGUUCUCACGGUGCUGGGAGUGGUGGUCCUGGAUUUCAGCGCUGAUGCGACCGAAGGGCCCAUCCGCGCCUACCUGCUGGAUGUGGUGGACAGCGAGGAACAGGACAUGGCCCUCAACAUCCAUGCCUUCUCUGCUGGCCUCGGCGGGGCCAUUGGCUAUGUGCUGGGCGGGCUGGACUGGACGCAGACCUUCCUGGGCAGCUGGUUCCGGACACAGAACCAGGUGCUUUUCUUCUUCGCUGCCAUUGUCUUCGCGGUGUCAGUGGCCCUGCAUGUCUUCAGUAUCGAGGAGGAGCAGUACUGCCCGCAGCAGGAGCGCAGCUCGGACGAGGCCGCCCUGGCCCCCAGCCCUGGCCUUGCACAAGACGGCAGCCCCCUGUUCCCAGACGAGGUGCAGUCGGAGCACGAGCUCGCCCUGGACUACCUGGACGUGGACCUGGUGCGCAGUAAGAGCGACUCUGUGCUGCACGUGCCGGAUGCUGCGCUGGACGUGGAGCCUGAGCUGCUCUUCCUGCGCGACAUCGAGCCCUCCAUCUUCCAUGACACCUCCUGCCCCAACACCCCCCAGAGCACCAGCCAGGAGCUACUGAGGGCCACACUGCCCCGCCUGUGCACGCUCCUCAGGGAAACGGCCAAGGAGGACGAGACCUUGCUUGACAACCACUUGAAUGAAGCUAAAGUCCCAAACGGAAGUGGCUCUCCGCCCAGGGUCCCCCUUGGCUACGUGAGGGUGGCCAUGAAGCCCUCGGCCACAUCUGGCUCCAUGCGGCGGCGGCGGCAUGCAUUCCGCAGGCAGGCCUCCAGCACCUUCUCCUACUACGGCAAGGUCGGGUCCCACUGCUACCGCUACCGGCGGGCCAACGCCGUGGUGCUCAUCAAGCCGUCCCGCAGCAUGAGCGACCUGUACGACCUGCAGCAGAGGCAGCGGCAGCGCUGUCGGCACCGCAACCAGAGUGGGGCCACCACCUCCAGCGGGGACACAGAGAGCGAGGAGGGCGAGAGCGAGACCACCGUGCGCCUGCUGUGGCUGUCCAUGCUCAAGAUGCCCAAGGAGCUGAAGCGCCUGUGCCUCUGCCACCUGCUCACCUGGUUCUCCGUCAUCGCUGAAGCUGUCUUCUACACCGACUUCAUGGGCCAGGUCAUCUUCAAAGGGGACCCCAAGGACGCCUCCAACUCAACUGCCUGGCACGCCUACAACGCUGGGGUGAAGAUGGGCUGCUGGGGCUUGGUCAUUUACGCUGCUACCGGUGCUAUUUGCUCAGCCUUGCUACAGAAGUACCUGGACAACUACGACCUGAGCAUCAAGGUCAUCUACGUGCUGGGGACACUGGGCUUCUCUGCAGGCACAGCUGUGAUGGCCAUGUUCCCCAAUGUCUAUGUGGCCAUGGUCACCAUCAGCACCAUGGGCAUUGUCUCCAUGAGCAUCUCCUAUUGCCCCUAUGCCCUGCUGGGACACUACCAUGAAGUCAAGGAGUACGUUCACCACAGUCCUGGGAACUCGAAGCGUGGGUUUGGCAUCGACUGCGCCAUCCUUUCCUGCCAGGUCUACAUCUCCCAGAUCCUGGUGGCGUCCGCCCUCGGGGGUGUGGUUGAUGCCGUGGGAACUGUGCGUGUCAUCCCAAUGGUGGCCUCUGUGGGCUCUUUCCUGGGCUUCCUGACGGCCACGUUCCUGGUGAUCUAUCCUGAGGUGUCAGAGGAGGCCAAGGAUGAGCAGAAAGUUCUGUCCUCCCAGCCUGCCCUGGAAGGUGAAGGCCGCGGGGGCAGUGAGAAGCCCACUGUCCUGAAGCUGUCCCGGAAGGAGGGCCUGCAGGGGCUGGUGGAGACCGAGUCUAUGGUCUGAGCACUCCAUUGGCAUAUUCCGUGCGGGAGACCGUGGCCAGGGGCUGCUGGGCCCUGUCCUCACUGGGGCUUCCAGGCCAGCGCACGCAGAGGUCCUUCUCAGAACAGUCGAAAUUCCGUAGUUGUAGGGUAGGUUUGAGCUCUUUAGGCAAAGAUAUCACACUAAUUACUUUUUCCACAAUUAAAAAAAAAAAAUCAUUUGAAAUCUUUUUUUUUAAUUGAAAAAGAUCUUUUAAUUUCAGCUCUUUUAUUCUGCAGGUAUAUUAUUCUGCAUGUUUUUAAAUUGUAAAACAAUAUAGCCAAUAAGCAAUUUAGAAGAAAAGAUAUUGCAUUUCUAAAAUUACAAUUGAAAAUGCAGAAACUCUGACGUCCUUGACAUAUCUUGUCAUACUAUGUCAGAAAAAUCACAGUGCAGCUGGUGACGGGGACGUACACCAGACGUCCCUCACUGGCGCUCAGCUGUGGAUGUCCAUCGGGUCUUGUCACAUUUUGUUGGUGCUCCAGCUGUUGGAGAGUAUUUUUCUUUAUGAUCAUUUUUAAAAGUUUAUUUUUCUCCUUCACAACUGUGGUUUUCUUAGAAGAACAGCGUCUCAUCUCGUCCUCAGAGAGUCUGACGAAUCGUGCCUGGGGUGAGCCUGGGCUGGGACAACCGCCUGCUCUGGCAGCCACACACCCGAGCUGGGAGGCCCAGUGGUGGCUGCUGGCAGAGCGGCCAUGUCAGAUCAGCUGGCACCUGUGUGUGUCCGCGUCCAGACCCCGGCACCCUCCCGGGCCCGCCGCCUGCAGGCUGCUCCCAUCGUCAGUCCCAGGGCCCUCUGUCCCCUCUGCCAUGUGCUGGGAGCCCUGGCCAGACUACCUCGCGUGUGUGGGUGGUGGCCUUGGCCCACCUGCUGUCGGACUCCCUGCUGGAGCUCAUCUGAACUCUCGUGGCUUCUUUGCUGCUCACCCGCUCGUCACGGGACGCUCGUCACAGGACGUGGAACCGGUGCAGAGAGAAACAAGUGUCUCUUCCUGGGUCAGCGAGUGUCUUUCUCAAGGCCCCCGGCUCAGCGUGGUAUUCCUGGUUUCAGCGAAUCAGCAAAACUCAGGCUGUGGGGAAGAACAGUCACCAAAUGCUGCGGUGGUUGGAGUGUUUUCAACCACAAUCUCUAUGAAAAACUCAGCCGUGUCCACUUGUUUGAAACGGUCGGUCUGAGCUCACUGAGGUCAAGAGGAGGAGGGCAGCCCCGCAGUCACCCAGACGGAGCCAGACCUUGUAAUGCUCGUGUUGCCACGAGUUGUUUUUUAAAUAAAGUACUUUAAAAUGCAUGAGAAUCAUGCUGCAAUAUGAUCAUUCUAAAGCAUAUAUAUACAUAUAUUUAUACAUAUAUAUAUUUCAAGAUGAAGCUAAGCAGUUUUUAAAUAAAUUACUUGAAUUUUCUGUGUACUUAAGGAAUGGCUGUUUAAUGUCCAUAGCAGGCCACUGCUCUUGCCAUGUCUCCUGCCACUGGUGGCACUUUGUAGCUUUUAUGUUUUGUGUACAAGAAACAGUUUGGUGCCUGUUUAUGAGGUGUGUACUCAGGGCGUAAGGGUGCGUUCCACCAGCUGAGGACAGGCUUCCAGCCCAGAUGCUUUCUGUACGUGCCAACUCUUGAGAGUGGCCUUGUGAAUCUUGUGCUUGGACGGGGAAGGUCUCAACUACUGAAAGCGCCGCUGGCAUAUCGUUAGCCCUCCCACCAGCCAAGCCCUACCUACUGGGCACUUUGUCCCUCUCAGGGUGACGGGCACUCCUGGGCUCCUCCUCGGCUGAGCAUCCUUGGCGGGGCCCUCCUGUGCAGCCUGAUUCUCUUUAGUGCUCAGAGCUUGUAGCAGGUCCUUCCUGAGAUCCCGCCUUGGCUGUUGGCUGCCGCUGGCCCUUCCCCACCUAGUGACUAGGAAAUGGGGGCCAGAGAAAGCUGGACGGGCAGGGGCUGGUCUGAACCAAGAAGUGGAACAGCCAGGCGCAGCAUGGGGUCUAAUCGGAAGCUAUGCACUGUGCCCCUGUCACCUGUGCCACCUGAAGCUGGUUCACCUGCAGCUCUGCCUGGCCAAGGUGUGCGGGUGGAGGCUUGGGGCCACCACCUGCCGUGUUGGCCCUCUGACCCUGGCCUUGACUUGGCUGUGAUCUCAAUUGACAACCGAAGACGUCUGUGUUCCCACACAGGCCUCAUCAGAGCCACUGUGAGGUACCAGAAAGGAAGCCAGUGUCCGCUCGUAGGUGACACCAGUUGGCUCACACCUGGUGGAGCUCCAGAGCUGUAGCCCUUUAGAUACUUGCAACCAAAGUCUGUUCCUGUGAGUCUGGUCAGUGUACUUAGUUCCUAGGGUCACUGGUGGAGUCAGUUUCCGGUUUCCCCUGGUAGGUAGACGUGGGUGACCCAGAUCCCUGAACUCUGGGCGUGGGUCUGGUCUGGGCACAGGACCCUUAGGCCCUCCCUUGGGAUGAGUUGACUGCAGUCCGACCAGCCUGAGGCUGUGGGCAUUGGAGCCUGUGUCUUAAGAGCCAAGGAGAAGGGCAGGCUGGCUGUGCCUGCUGCUUCAGAGGACACGCUGGCCUGGCGCUCGUGCGCCGUCCACACCUCAGGUCACAGCAGCAGGGGAGAGGUGGGAGUGCCAAGUCCCACAGGCACCCCAUCUGUGGCCUCUUAACUUGAAAGACUUGGGCCUACGGGACCCUGGCAGAGCUGAGGACACAAUGUGGAGUGAGCCUGCAGCACCCUCAGGUUUGGGCCGGGUAGGCCCCUGGCUGUGCCCCCGAGUGCUUGCGAGGGUUGCGCGGGGUUUCAGUGGCUGAGCACUGUUGGCUCCCUGGGUAGGGUGGCCUUGGUCUGAUUGGUGUUUUUAUGUGCUGUAAAGAGUCAACUGAGUAUCUUAUCUUUUGGCAAGAUGGCUCUUACCCGUGGGGAAGUUCCCUCUGCAGGAGCGCAGGCUGGUAGGAGGGGGAAGAGGCGUGGGCUGCCCCUGCCAGCCUCCAGCUGGCCCCCUCUGUUGGCAGAAUGGCUCUGACGCGCCCUGGUAGCUAUGGAGCUGGCGGUGGGCGUGGUGUUCUCCUCCUCUUAGCCUAAUGCCAGGGGUCUUAGCUGAGGUGACGUUGCCCACUGGCUUUAGAGCUUUGGAGCCCCAGCAAGGGCCAGGCCUGGGGAAGGCACUGUGUCUAGUCAUGUUCCUGGGUGAGGCAGGACAGCUACGCCCUCCGCAGAUCGCCAGUAGCUUCCAGCUGGGCUCGGUCUUUCUGCAAGGCUCUGGGUGGGAGAGGCAGCGCAGCAGCAAGUGCUCUGAUGCCCAGAGCUGAGUCCCCUCCUCCAGCGCCCAUGACCUCUGCGGCCUGUGGUACUGGUCGCACGUCUGAAGAGUACUCUGAUUCCAGCUGCUCCAUCUCCCUGAGCGUCUGCCUACCUUAGCCACCAAGACCAGGUGUGUGAAUUGCCACCAGAAACAGCCUUGUCUGUCUCUGUACAUCCAUCAAGCCGCUUCUGAGACUUGCGUCCCACUGCCAGCGUCCAGCCUGUGUCCAGCUGGGCCCCACCGGCCUGUCAGGAGUGGCCUGCUUCCAAGAACUCCUGGGCACUGCCCAGCACCACCUGGGAGUGUUGUCCGUUCAGUUCCAGGUGAACUGGUCCUGGCUCAGGUGGUGUGUUGGGCCCAGCCUAAGUAGCACUGGUCACCACCUCACAUGAGGCUGGCAUCACCAUCCUGGCCAGAGCCCCAGCCUGAGCGGCCCCUUGGCCUGCCCAUCUUCAGACCUCUAGGAGAGCCUGAUGCCCUCCUCUGGUGGCUUCUACUGCCCUCCCUGGAGCUGACGGGGCAGUCACUGUGUGCACUGGACUGAGACUGGAUGGUCCGUUUGUCUGAAAUGCCUGGUACCAGAGAAACUCCCCAAGCACCUCGGAACAAAGCUAUUUGGUUCCAUUGUGAACUGGCCACAGGACAACUUUUUAAAUCAACUUAUUAAGUUGGAACACUGUAAUAGCUCUUGCUGAUUUUAGCAAUGGUUUAAGUGUGUGUUAAACACAUGAUGUUAUGUUUUAUGAGAAAAGGGAUUAUAAAGAAGAGUAAUGUCACACAUGA